UUAAAAGACUGGGUUGCUUAAACUAUGAAACGGGAAAGUUGUUGUAAGCCAGUGGAAUCUGGAUCAGGGAGUGGCUGCAAUGUAAUUGAGCUCGAAUUUGCGGCGCUGUUUUUUUGUUUUGUUUUGUUUUGUUUUUUUUUUUUUUUUGAUCUGCUGUACUUUUCUGUUUAAACUAAGCUUCAGGUUAUGUCAUCACUCCUUCAGGGUUGUCUAAAGACACUUGAGUCCUUGGUUCCUACUGCAGGGCUGUUGUGUGGUUCGGGUUCUUUUUGAUUGAACAUGGAGCUGGGUUCUACCUUUGGAGCUUUGGGAGGUUUUAGUAGCUGCUGUCAUCGAAAUACCUCCAUUCACAAGAAAUACCGGCCUCAUUUCACUUGUUUUCAGUCUUUAGAUAGGGAUUUAAAUUGUGCUCUCUACAGUCUUUGGGGAAAAAUAUAUAUAUUUUAACAUAAGCAUGUUAACAUAAACAUGUUUAACAUAACAUGAUUGAUGAUCAAUGUACAGGUAUUUGUUAGGUUAAGAAAUGAAAUGACAACGUUUUUCUUGCUUGUAUUUUCCUGGUUCUAGUAUGUUAAAUACAAACUGAGUUUACUGCCCCUUAAUGUGAUUAGCUUGUUUUGGUUUAGUGAUUUGAAAAGGCAUUGGUGGUUUAGACUGUUUCCUGCUCAGGGAACCACUUUCUAAUUCUCAUAUUGCUUUUUAGUGAAUGAUAUAAAAUGGACCAUGAAACAGGCAUACAGCAUAGACAUGGGCAUUUUGGCAGUGCUAUGCCCUUUGUUUCCAGGUGAUGGAAAGUGAGGAUCAUCAGCACAAAGAAUCUAACACCUGGGUUUUACAUUAUUUCAGAUGAUGAAAGUUGAUUCCUGUUGUCCCUAAAUCCAUGUGAAAUGAGCCGCCAGACUGCAACAGCAUUACCUACUGGAACCUCAAAGUGUACGCCGUCCCAGAGGGUGCCUGCCCUGACUGGCACAACUGCAUCCAACAAUGACUUGGCGAGUCUUUUUGAGUGUCCGGUCUGCUUUGACUAUGUGUUACCACCCAUUCUUCAGUGUCAGAGCGGCCAUCUCGUUUGUAGCAACUGUCGCCCGAAGCUCACAUGUUGUCCAACCUGCCGGGGCCCUCUGGGAUCCAUUCGCAACUUGGCUAUGGAGAAAGUGGCCAAUUCUGUACUUUUCCCUUGUAAAUAUGCCUCUUCUGGAUGUGAAAUAACUUUGCCACACACAGAAAAAGCAGACCAUGAAGAGCUCUGUGAGUUUAGGCCUUAUUCGUGUCCGUGCCCUGGUGCUUCCUGUAAAUGGCAAGGCUCUCUGGAUGCUGUAAUGCCCCAUCUGAUGCAUCAGCAUAAGUCCAUUACGACCCUACAGGGAGAGGAUAUAGUUUUCCUUGCUACAGACAUUAAUCUUCCUGGUGCUGUUGACUGGGUGAUGAUGCAGUCCUGUUUUGGCUUUCACUUCAUGUUAGUCUUGGAGAAACAGGAAAAGUACGAUGGUCACCAGCAGUUCUUUGCAAUUGUACAGCUGAUAGGAACACGCAAGCAAGCUGAAAAUUUUGCUUAUCGACUUGAGCUAAAUGGUCAUAGGCGGCGAUUGACUUGGGAAGCGACUCCACGCUCUAUUCAUGAGGGAAUUGCCACAGCCAUUAUGAAUAGUGACUGCCUAGUCUUUGACACCAGCAUUGCACAGCUUUUUGCAGAAAAUGGCAAUUUAGGCAUCAAUGUAACUAUUUCCAUGUGUUGAAAUGGUAAUCAAAUAUUUUCUGGCCAGUGUUUAAAACCAUUGCAUUCAAUUUCACAGAGAAUAAGGCACCAUCUGCCUGUCAACCUGAAACUUUUGGUAGGUGGAAGCUAGACACAUGAAGGUAAAUAAAAGGAAAGGCUGUUAAAUACAGGAAACAGUUGCAUGUAGUAACACUAAUAUAUUUAAAAAUAAGUCAGCAGUAAACCACUGAAAAAAAAAUAUAUAUACACCCAAGAUGGGCAUCUUUUGUAUUAAGAAAGGAAGCAUUGUAAAAUAAUUCUGAAUUUGUGUUGUAGAUUGACUGUACUGUUGAAAAAUACUGGGUUUUUGUUUUGUGUGUGUGCUGCGAGCUGGGUGUGUGUGUAUGUGUGUGUGUGUGUGUGUGUGCACCCGUAUGUGUGUAUGUGUGUGUGUGUGGGGAGGUUUGUUUGUUUUUUUUUCUCCUUUAACCGACAAGCCAUGUUGAGUGGUCUUGGACCACUGCUUUUCCCCUUUGUGAGUCAAUACAUAGUGCUGCUGUGUGUGUAUAUUUUUUUUGUGUGUGUAUUUGCUAAUUUUUAUUAAUUCUAGUUUUUCAUUAAAUAAAUUUGACUUUCUUUUCUGUAAUUCAGGUUUUUCCUCACUUUUUUUGUAUCUUUUUAAAGUUAGUGUCUUUUUGAUAUGCAUAAUUGUUUAUGGUAAAGUUUAUACAUAUGUGUUCAAUACGUAUUUUCUUUUCCCCCAUUAAUCAGUUCAUUAGAAGUAUUUUACAUUCAACUCUUUUGAGAAGAUAGGAGUUCCAGAAAGGAAAGGUAACAGCAGAAUUACCAGAAGCUAUUUAAAGCAGUUGUAAGAUGGUCUCUGUCUCUCUCUUUUCUCCAGCUGAGUCAUACCUUUGAACUUAUUCUUUGAAAGGUUAGGGAAUACUGAUUUUUUUUUUUAAUACUGAAAAAAAAAAUCAGGCUUUUUUUUUCCCUCCAAAUAUCUUGGACAAAUCACAUGUUUAAAAUUUGUUCUUGUAUUUAUUGGUUUUGCAGAAGAAGGCAUCGUCUUACACAGUAUUUGUAAUCAAAAGCAAAUCAUUUGUUUAAAAGCAGUUUGCAAAAAAUGUUUUUGGUCUUUUAUAAUUCUCAUUAAAAGAAUAUCUGGCAAAUUAAAAA